AGGUGGUGGCCCCAAGCUGUGCUCCAAACAGACAACAGUGUUGUGUUUAUCAUUGUGACAACUGACAAUUGACAUGACGGAAUUAACAUAAUAAUUAUAACGAUAAACUAAUUUUAAUAAAAAAUAAAACAACAACAAAAAACAAAAGUUUGUUGAUAAAAAAUAAAUAAAGAUGUUAUGCUCAAGUCAAUUGCAAGCAUUGACAGUACUAUUAAUAACAACAACAACAACAAUAACCUUGACAAAUGGACAAAAUAAUUAUGGUUUUGAAGAAUAUAAUUGUCCAAAGCAUUGGGUUAAAAAUCAAGAAAUAUGCUACAGAUUUGUGCGAAGUCCAUUGAAAAAACGUGAAGAUGCGAAAAUUUCGUGUGAAAAUUAUCAAAGUGAUUUAGUAUCAAUAAAUUCGGUUGAAGAGCAUACAUUUUUACUACAUUAUUUAGAGCUACAUGAUCCACAACAUCAUACAUGGUACAUUGGUGCAAGACAACAUGGUGGAUCAUGGUCAAAUGACAUUGAUGGUUCAUCAUUAUCAAACAUGGAAAAUGCAUUUUUACCAGAUCAAUAUGAUGAGUCAUCAUACUAUCAACAUGAUGCAUUGGCCUAUGGUUUUGAUAACAAACUAAGACGUUGGGGAUUACUUCGUAUAUCAUCAUCAGAAGAACAUCUUUAUAUUUGUGAAGCACCAGUUGUUAAUUUACAUAAUUUAGUUGAUGAAGAACGUGAUUAUACAUAUGGUAUUGAAAUUGAUAAUCCAUUAAAAAUACCACGUGGACCAUAUUUUAUAAAACAACCAGUUAAAACAAUAUUUGAUGUAUUUAAAACAAAAUUUUCAAAUGAAAUAUCAUUAACUUGUAUUGCUGGUGGUUAUCCAACACCAACAUAUGAAUGGUUCAAAGAGGAGUAUGAUAAUUCACGUUUAAUUGCAUAUAAAAUUGAACCACUUGAUAAUAAAAGAUAUACAAUAAGUGGUGGUUCUUUGAUAAUAUAUAAACCACAAGAAGAAAAAGAUCAUGGUAAUUAUCAUUGUAAAGCAAGCAAUGAAUUUGGUACCAUAAUAUCAGAAAGUGUUGAAUUAUUAUUUGAUACAACAAAAGAAUUUAAUUAUCAUAGAUCAGAAGAACGUGGUGAUAAAAAUUGGGGUAAAGUUAUUUAUUGUGAUCCACCACAACAUUAUCCUGGUGUUAAAUAUUAUUGGACACGUGAAAGUUUUCCAAACUUUGUUGAAGAAGAUAAACGUGUAUUUGUAUCAAAUGAUGGUGCACUUUAUUUUUCAGCACUAGAACCAAUUGAUCAAAGUAAUUAUUCAUGUACAAUACAAAGUGCUGCAUCAGAUACUGGUAGAAAUGGACCAUUUUUCCCGUUACGUGUUGAUCCACAUACAUCAUUUCAACAACUUAAAUUUCCAAAUAAUUUUCCUAAAGUAUUUCCUGAAGCACCAAUUGCUGGUGAACUUGUUAGAUUUGAAUGCAUUGCAUUUGGUUAUCCAGUUGCAUCAUAUAAUUGGACACGUAAAAAUGCACCAAUACCACGUGAUGCAAUACUUACAAGUUAUAAUCGUGUAUUAAUAUUACCAAAUGCUAAAAUUGAAGAUCAAGGUGAAUAUCAAUGUCGUGCAUACAAUGAUAGAUUAUCAAUACAGGGUAGUGUUGAAUUACAUGUGCAAUCAUAUCCAAAUUAUACGAUACCACUCGAAGAUAAACAUAUUGAUAAUCGUGCUGAUCUAACAUGGACAUGUGAAGCAUUUGGUAUACCUGAUGUAACAUAUACAUGGUUUAAAAAUGGACAAAUAUUAGAAAAUUUAACACUUGAACCAGAAAAUGUUGAUCGUUAUAUUAUUAAAGAUAAUAUAUUAAAAAUAUUACGUGUUGAUCCAGAUAAAGAUCCAGGAAUGUAUCAGUGUUGUGCUAAAAAUCAAUUAAAAACACGUUAUUCAUCAGCUCAAUUACGUGUAUUAUCAUUAAAACCAUCAUUUAAAAAACAUCCAAUGGAACCAGAAACAUAUGCUGCACAUCAGGGUAAUGUUACUCUAUCAUGUAAUCCAGAAGCAGCACCAAGACCAAAAUUUACAUGGAAAAAAGAUGGUAUGGUACUUGGAUCUGGUGGUAGAAGGCGUAUACUUGAAAAUGGUAAUAUGAUUAUAAGUCCAGUGUCAACUGAUGAUGAGGGUACAUAUUCAUGUAUUGCAUCAAAUCAAUAUGGUAUUGAUGAAACACGUGGUCGUCUAAUUGUUUUACGAGGACCAAGUUUUGUUGAAACAUUGCCACAAAGAAUAAUAACAGCUGUCAUGAAUAACCAAACUUUACGUUGUCAAGCAGAUAGUGAAGAAAUGCUUGAUGUUGCAUAUAUAUGGAAACACAAUAGUAUGCGUAUACGUGAUGAAGAUUUAAAAAAUAAUCCACGUUGGAAAAUAAACGGUGGUAUAUUUGAUAUUAUUAAUUUAACCCUAUCUGAUGCUGGUGAUUAUGAAUGUACAAUUAAAAGUGCUGUUGGUGAAGUAUCAAAUAAGACGACAUUAUUUGUUGAAGGACCACCAGGACCACCAGGUGGUGUACAAGUUAUAAAUAUUGUUAAAACAUCAGUUAAACUUGAAUGGACAGAUGGUGCAUUUAAUGGUAGACCAAUAAUAAUGUAUACAAUAAGUGCAAGAACAACAUGGAAUGAUAGCUGGUUUAAUAUAUCUGAAAAUAUACAAGCUAAUGAAAUAAAUAGAUAUACUGGACGUAAAGAAGCACUACUUGAAAAUGUAUUAAAUCCAUUUACAACAUAUGAUUUUCGUGUAUCAGCAGCAAAUGAAUUAGGCUAUGGUCCACCAUCAUUACCAUCACCAAAAUAUAGUACUGAAUCAGAUAAACCAACAAAAGCACCAAAUAAAGUUGGUGGUGGUGGUGGUAAAACUGGUGAUUUAACAAUAACAUGGGAGCCAUUAUCACCAGCUGAUCAAAAUGGUAGAAAUAUUUAUUAUAAAAUAUAUUGGCGUAAAAAAGGUGAUAUUGAAUUUCAAUCAUUAUCACUUGAAAAAUAUCAUAAUGUUGGUAUUUAUGUUGUUGAAGUUAGUACUAAAAAUUUUUAUACACAAUAUGAUGUUAGAGUACAAGCAAUAAAUGACGUUGGUCCUGGUCCAUUAUCUGAUAUUGUUACAAUAUGGAGUGCUGAAGAUAUGCCACAAGUACAACCACAACAAGUAUCAGCUCGAAGCUAUAAUAGUACAAGUUUAAAUGUAUCAUGGACACCAAUUGAUGAAUCACGUGAUACAGUACAUGGUAAAUUAAUUGGUCACAGAUUAAAAUAUUGGCCAGAGGCUAAUAAAGAAGAUCAAGCUGUUUAUUAUUUAUCACGUUCAACAAAACCAUGGACACUUAUUGUUGGUUUACAACCAGAUACACGUUAUUGGGUUAAAGUUAUGGCAUAUAAUUCAGCUGGUGCUGGACCAGAAAGUGAACGUUUUCUUGAACGUACAUAUCGUAAAGCACCACAAAAUCCACCAAGUUCUGUAUUUGUUACUGAUGUUAAUCCAUCAACUGUUGAAGUUGUAUGGAGAUAUGUACAACCAAGUCUUGAUGAAGAACCACUUGAUGGUUAUAAAAUACGUGUAUGGGAAAUUGAUCAAGAUAUGAGUACAGCAAAUGAUACUAUUGUACCAAGUGGAAAAGAUCUUAGAGCAAGAGUUUAUAAUUUAAGUCCUGGUAAAACUUAUAAUCUUCGAGUUUUGGCAUAUAGCAAAGGUGGUGAUGGACGAAUGUCAAGUCCACCAAAAAUAUUUCAAAUGGGUGAUCCAAGAAUGUUUGAAAAUUCAGCAACUAAAAUUGGAUAUUAUUAUGGAUUUCCAUUAAUUUUACUUUUAAUUAUUUGGCAAUUGGCGUAAAUGAAAAUUUACUUUUUAUUUUUUAUUUUCUUUUACAUAUCAAAGAUAGGUAUUAUCAAGAUGAUGAUAACAAUAGAAAUUUAUACUUCAUAGAUUUAUGAAAGAAAAGAAAUUAAUUUUUAUAUGAUAUUAGGAUCAAUGACAGUGGAAUUUAUCAACGCCCAAGUGUUCUUAAAGCUUUUGCAUAAAUUUAAACAAUAAUUUCGUACAAAAUCAUUUUUAAAAUUAAUUCUCAGGGUGGAAUCAAAUUGAGAAUAGUAUUAUAUACACAAAAAUCCCAGUAA